AUGAGCAAACUGACGUAUUAUAUAUUGGCUGCUUUGCAAUUGAUUGCUGCUUUCUUAUUUUGCGCAGGAUUCUUCCCUCAGAAAGUGGUUUUGAAGAAUGAUUCUGAAUUUAUUGUGGAACCUAAAUUGCAAUUGGAGUCCAAACCUGUUUUCGACAAACUGAUUGUAGUGGUUAUUGAUGCAUUGCGUAGUGAUUUUUUGUUUCAAAAAGACAGUUCAGGUUUUGACUUUGUACAUGAACUUCUAAACUCGGGAGAAGCAUGGGGAUAUACAGCAUACUCUAACCCUCCUACGGUAACAUUACCAAGACUCAAGGGCAUAACUACUGGUUCCGCACCAAAUUUUUUGGAUGCUAUUCUAAAUGUGGCUGAAGACGACACAUCUUCCAAUUUAAAAGAACAAGACUCUCUAUUGAAACAGUUUCAUACUAAUAAUUACAAGGUAAAUUUUUUUGGUGAUGACACUUGGUUGAAGCUUUUCCCUCUUGAAUACUUUGGUGAAUACGAAGGCACUAACUCAUUUUUCGUCAGUGAUUUCACGGAAGUCGACUUGAAUGUUACAAGACAUGUCCCAUACCAAAUGGAUCAUCAAAAAGAAUGGGAUGUGUUGAUUUUACAUUACUUAGGGUUGGACCAUAUUGGUCACAAAGGUGGUGCAAGAUCUCACUUCAUGGCUCCAAAACAUAAAGAAAUGGAUUCUGUUAUCAAGCAAAUAUAUGGUAAAAUGAGUGAGAAUACUUUAAUGGUAGUUCUUGGUGACCAUGGUAUGAACGAUUUAGGUAAUCACGGCGGAUCUUCCUCCGGAGAAACUAGCGCAGCAAUGGCGUUCUUAUCAAAAAAGCUAAAGAAACACGAUCCUCCAACAGGACAGAAAGAGAGCAUUUUGCCAAUAACCGAUAUUGAUCCCAAUUAUAAAUAUUUACAAGAAAUUGAGCAGAUCGACAUUGUACCAACUUUAAGCGUACUUUUCAAUCUACCAAUCCCCAAGAAUAGCAUGGGUGUGAUUAUCCCUGAAUUCUUACCCUUCUUGCCCAAAUCAAUGGCUGAAAUUAAGUUACAGGAUAACUACCUUCAACUAACAAAAUUGAAACCUGGGUAUAAAGCAUCGCUGGCUGGCAAGAGUCCGCUAGAGCUGCUCGUGGAGAUGAAAGACAUUCAAUCAUCGUUAGCGAUGGCUGCUACAAACUACAAUUACACUCUAUUGAUUUCAGGAAUAGGAAUAAUGACUCUUGGCACUAUAUAUGUAGUAGCGUUAUGCUUCGGUAAGACACAAGAGUUCAUCGAGAGUACCGCAGUUUCCAUUUUAUUAGGACUGAGCAUGUUUGCAAGUAGUUUCGUCGAAGAAGAGCAUCAGAUUUGGUGGUGGGUUACUGUCACUGUAUUAUUCUUGAUGGAUAUUUCUAUGAAAUCCAAACUAUCAUUUUUGGUUGGUCUGAGAUUGAUUCGUGGAUGGAAUAACAGCGGACAAAAAUACAUUUACGAACAUGUUAUUUACAGUCUCUUAAAAUCGCAUACCACAGUUCAGUGGUGUUUGAACGUAUUAACAAUUCUCUCCGUAGGAUUCCCAUUUCUAAAGAACAGCGAUGACGUCGAGAAAUUAAUUUCUAUGAUAACUGUUUCUUUCUUAGCUCUCUCCUGCAUGACUUACAAAGCAUGUUAUGCCGUUGUUAAUAGAGACAACGUGCCAGAUGCGUUACACAAAUUUGUGUUAAAAUCAUGUUCCACUUAUCUCAAUGAUAAGAAUAUGGUAGACAUUGAGUCCGAAGUCUCCGAGUGUCUAGUUCCAAUGGCUAGAAUGUUUUUCCUAAUCUGUGCGGCCUCUGCGGUCAUUGUAACAUUCUCAAAGUAUGCUCUUUCAAAAGGAACCAAUGCUCAGCAAAAACUGCUUUCCAUUGUAAAAUUCAUACUAAUAUUGCAAACUACAUCAGCUAAUAUUCCAAUGUUUUUAAUACUCGAAAUCCUCACUACCAUAAUUCCUCAAACAUCACCAGUGCUCUCACUUUGUCUACAAAACCUGACGUUUUUCCAAUUCGGAGGUACAAACUCUAUUGCAACCAUUAAUCUAACGAAUGCAUACAAUGGUGUGAACUCGAACUACAACAUUUACGUCGUUGGGGUCCUAAUGUUUCUCUCAAACUAUGCACCAUCCAUCUAUAUGGCCCUUUCUUUCAUCCCAAUUUCGGACUCAAAAAAGCUACUUAAACUAAAACACUACUAUAUCACAGGAGUAUUCCUACUUAUAGCAUGUACAGCACUCCGUUACCAUUUAUUUGUUUGGUCCGUCUUCAGUCCAAAGCUCUGCUACUACACUGCCUGGUCUCUCUUUAACUUUGUUACAGAUCUCGCAGUUACCCUCCUUCAAAACAUCUAA